CACAGAUCCACUUGGGUCUGCUCUCCAGCACUUGAUCACGGUCCAAUCUAUUAUUAUUACUAGACUAAAACACUUCUAAUCAAUUAAUAGAAACUUGAUUAGAAGAGCGCGAAUCAUCUGUGCUCAAUAUUCAUUAUCGCACUUUAGUUUCUUCCGGCAGUCGUCUGGAGAGGUUGGACAUUCAGAACGAAGCCUUAGAAAUAGAAUGCCACCAAAGCCUCCAGCUGCAGCCCUUGCCUCGGUGGCUAAGGGACUGGGACUCCACUCCAAGGUGUAUAAUGGCUUGAUUGGAGUCUGUGAUAAGUUUGUGCCCCACAAAAUGCGUCCCCUGUGGAUGCAUCCGGCAGGCCCAAAGACGAUAUUCUUUUGGGCACCGAUCGUCAAGUGGGGCUUGGUCAUCGCUGGACUGAGUGAUCUGACACGACCCGCGGAUACUAUUUCCCCGAAUGGCUGCCUUGCCCUAGGUGCAACGAAUCUCAUUUGGACGCGCUAUGCACUGGUCAUCAUACCAAAGAACUAUAGUCUAUUUGCUGUCAAUUUAUUUGUGAGUCUGACGCAGCUUUUCCAACUGGGACGCGCCUGCAACUACAAGUUUGAGCAGUCCAAGCUGCAGAAGGCAGCAGCGGAGAAGCCAGCUAUUAUGCAGCAGUAGAACAUAAGUUAUCAUAGGCCAAUUUAAACACAACAAUUAUAUAAAGUAAUUCUCUAGUCUAA